AUGCAUCCCUUUACUCGGCUUUUCAGUGUCUUAUCUUUGAUGAUAAAACCUUUUAGAUAUAUUUUUUUGAGUAUCCUAUACUAUAUUCACUCCAUUUGCGUGUUCGAUUCCAUCCACAUGGAUAUGACCCAUCCCUGUACUCGGUAUACUUAUGUUCUAAGAAAAAAAGGUUCUUUUUACAGUAGUCAACACGUAGAGAGGUGA